GUCAUUUCCUGGUAGAGUAAACAAAAUAUAGACAUCGUUUCCACUCUAAUUAAACGUAGGAAAUCAAAAUAGCACGAUGGGAAGUAAACUAGACGAUGCAUUAUUUAACCUGAAGUUUAAUACAAAGCAAAUGGAAAGAUUUGCUAAGAAGGCAGAGAAAGAGCAUGUCAAGGAAAAGGCAAAAGUAAAAAAAGCAAUUGCACAAAAAAACAUUGAGGCAGCAAAGAUAUAUGCGGAGAAUGCGAUAAGGAAGCGGAACGAGGGCUUGUCCUAUCUCAGGAUGGCAGCCAGACUAGAUGGUGUAGCUAGUCGUGUACAAACAGCUGUAUCUAUGAAAAGUAUGGUGAAAGGUAUUGAAGGUGUAUCAAAGUCCUUAGAAAAAGCAAUGUCUUCCAUGAAUUUAGCUGAGGUUGAUAAAGUGAUGCAGAAGUUUGAGAGACAGUUUGAAGAUCUUGAUGUUCAGACAUCGACACUAGAAAACACGAUGGGCGAUGCCACGACACUUUCCGCACCCACAGAACAAGUAGAUGACCUUAUCAAACAAGUUGCUGAAGAGAGUGGUCUGGAAAUGAUGGAUCAGUUAAGUGACCUCAGUGUGGCCAAAGACUCAGUCAAGGUCAAGGAAAAGGAACAUGCACGAGAGGAUGACCUAAGUCGCAGAUUACAAGCAUUGCGGAAUUGAGGAUACUCAAACCAUAUUUAUUUAAUGAAACAAAUGAAAUCUACGCUGUCUGAGAGAAUAUUUCCUGAUGGUAUACAGUCUGGCUCUGUUGAAGCUUAAGGAACAAUGUGGAGUGAAUAUUACUGAAGCCCAUCAUGUUUAAGGCAUGCAUGUAGCUGAAUUGAUAAUAGGAAGGACACCAACUAUCACAGACGAAAUGUUCAGUGUAACUGGUCUGAUGGCGUCUCAAGGAUCAAGGGAGAUAAUCCUGCCAUGGAGAUCUUGGUAGCAUUAAACAGCCUAUGACUAAUUUCUAUAAACACCAUUCCUGUUUCUCAGAAAUGAAAUGUUACUCCUAGUAAUUUAUAACAAUGAUAUGUUAGUGCAGUGAUAAUGACUAUAUACAAGGCAAGGCUGAAGAAACUAUCAUUAAGUGCUUGAAGAUGUCCACUCAGGAGUAUUGGAGAAUUUGUGAUGAUGUGGUGAAAAUGAGAGCAUGGAAGAAAGAAUGUUAACUUGGUUUUAAUAUCAACAAAAUGUGUUAGUGAACUAAAUUCUGAUUUCUUUUAUAUCAAUGAACCUUGACAGAGUGAUUGAAUGUGUGCAAAUGAAAAUAGAAUAUACAAUGUAUUGUACAUGUGUGAGAGAAAUGAUAUUUCACCUUAAUUUCAUGUUGAAUAUAUAUAUAAUUCUUGACUAUCCAUAUUGAGUGGGUUGCAUAUUUCAUGUUCUCAAACAACAUACUUUGUAAUAUUUUGUAACUAGUAGGCGAUGACAAUAUUUUCUUGCUGUUGCGAUAUUGAAUAUCCUUUGAGGGCACCGAAGCAAGGCUAACUUGUACAUGAUUUCAAGAUCAUGAAUCCAGAUCCAUCACAUUGUGAUUGUGUUCUUGAACAUGAAGCUACAUUUUUUAUCAUUUUCAACUCCACCCACACUUACUUGGGUAUAAAUUUUAUUAAUAGUCAGUUGUUAUUUACCUCUUUUAAUGGACAACCUGUAAGGAAGUCAUAAGUGGAGCUUAACAUUUGUCUCAAGCGCCUUCAACGAAAAGUAUGUGAACAUCAUUUCAUGAUGCAAAAAGUUCUGUUUUAUACGAUACUAUAUACUAUUGUUUUUCCACUUUGCUGAUAAGUAUUCAGAAAGUGUUCACUUAUACUUUCAUGACAUAUCUAAACUUAAAGCCUUGCCAAACAAAUGAUGGUUAACAUUAAGUAACAUUGAGAAUGAAACAACUAAGGUCAUGAUAUCAACGAUACACAAAGAUCUACUGACGUUUUAUGUUCUAGUUUGCUGAUAAUCAUUCUUCAGUACAAAACAUUUUUUGUAUAAUUUGGUAUUAAAUAUAAUUAGCAGUGAAGGUUCAGUUGAAAUUUUAUUAAUUUUGACAGUAGCUGUACUAAAUACUUAGUAGUGUUGAUUUUAAUAUGUUUUCUACCUAGUUAUAUUUCAGUUGUU